AAACACGUCGAACGUCAAAAAAAAUAUCAACGCCAGCCGGUUUCAGUGCGUAAAACUUUUCCGCGAAAAGAAAUUCGCUUUUUAUCGGUAUCAAACAGUUGAUUCGCCGUCCCAGGAUGACCGACGUCAUUAGCCAAGGCUCUCCGGAACCGGAAACCAAUGGGGACAAAGCCGACCAGACGCUUUCCGGCCCGAUAGUGGGAAUUAUCUAUCCGCCACCGGAGGUUCGAAAUAUCGUGGACAAAACGGCCAGUUUCGUGGCGCGAAACGGGCCGGAGUUCGAGAGCCGUAUCCGGCAAAACGAGUUGGGCAAUCCGAAGUUCAACUUUUUGAGCCCGGGGGAUCCGUACCAUGCGUACUAUCAGCACAAGGUGCAGGAGAUCCGGGACGGGAGGAACGAUGUGAGUUUGGCGGUCGUUCCGGCGGGGAUUCAACAGCUUAAGAGUGCCGCUAGUGUGGCUGCGCAGCAGAAGCAACAGGAGCUGUUGAAGGCCGUGCGGGAAGAGCAGUUCGUGCCCAAGGAUCCUCCGACGGAGUUUGAGUUCAUUGCGGAUCCGCCGUCUAUUUCGGCGCUGGAUCUGGACAUUGUGAAGCUGACGGCACAGUUUGUGGCCCGUAAUGGGCGGCUUUUCCUGACAAAUUUGAUGAACCGGGAGCAGAGGAACUACCAGUUCGAUUUCUUGCGACCGCAGCAUUCGCUGUUCCAGUAUUUUACGAAGCUGUUGGAGCAGUAUACGAAGAUUCUGGUACCGCCGAAGGAUUUGAUGAACAAGCUAAAGAUUGAGAGCGCCCCGGGAAGGAGCAGCAUGAAUGUGGUGCUUGAGCAGGUGAAGUACCGGGCGAACUGGAACAAGCACCAGGAGAUGCAACGGAGGAGGGAGGAGGAGAAGGUGGAACGGGAACGGAUUGCUUAUGCCCAGAUCGAUUGGCAUGACUUUGUGGUGGUGGAAGUGGUGGAUUACCAGCCUUACGAGAGUGGCAACUUUCCGCCGCCGACGACUCCGGAUGAGGUGGGAGCUCGUGUUCUGAUGGAGGAACGUUUGAACGAGGAAGAUCACGACAUUGAGAUGCAGAUUGAGACAGACGAUGAGGAAAGCGACGAUGAGCGGCCGGUAGGCAAUGUCAACGUUAAAUUGUCCAAGAUGGAGAACCGUGUUGGACAGCCGGGCGGCCGGAAGGAUAACAACCAGAUUCAGGACAUGGACGAGUCUUCUUCGUCCAGCGAUGAGGAAGAAGUGGAACGUCCAAGUCGGGCCAAGGCUGCACCAGCUGUUCCACAACCGCCACCAAUUGCUCCGCCAACGCAUGAUAAGGUCAUCGUCAAGAAGUACGAUCCGAAGCAGGCCCAGAAGAUCCAGAAGCCUCCGGUUCAAACCGGAGAUGACUUCCUCAUCUCGCCAAUCACUGGCGAAAAGAUUCCUGCCUCCAAGGUGGCGGAACAUAUGCGCAUUGGAUUGCUGGAUCCUCGCUGGGUGGAGCAGCGCGACAAGCACAUCGAGAAGGUCGCCCAGGAGAACGUCUACGCCCCGGGAGCGGCCAUCGAGGCCAGUCUCAAACAGUUGGCCGAACGUCGUACGGAUAUUUUCGGUGUCGGUGACGAGGAAGCCGCCAUCGGUAAGAAACUCGGCGAAGAGGAAACCAAGAAGGACGAUCGCGUCACUUGGGAUGGCCACACUUCCAGUGUUGAAGCCGCCACUCGUGCCGCUCGGGCCAACAUUACCCUCGAGGCACAAAUCCACCAGAUUCACAAGAGCAAGGGACUCAUCACAGACGAAGAGAAGGAAAAGAUUGGACCCAAACCGAUUCCCGGAACAGUGGCAGUUGCCCCUCCAAAGCCAUCCGCUCCCCAACCCCCACCGCAAUCAAACGCCCCCCAGCAAAUGCCUCAACCGCCCAAACCCAUCCAGCAUUCGGCCCAUCAUCAAGCUCCGCCUCCUCCGCCGGUUCCCAUGAUGAUGCAGAUGGGAAUGCCCAUGAGACCACCCCCGAUGAUGCCUCCACCAUUCCCAGUUGGCUUCGGAGUUCCUCCAAUGCCACCGCACGGCGGUGUUCCCCAGAUGCCUCCUGUCCAGGAGCAACCCGGAGCUUCCGGUCCCCCCGUGACAGAACCAACAACCAUUGGGGAUGAACCCCCGAGCAAAAAGUCCCGCACCGAGGACCACCUGAUCGAGGAGGGGGUGUUCCUGCAGCGCCACAAGGGUCCCGUCACCAUCCAGGUGCAGUGUCCGACCCUGGCGGAGAAGAGCGAGUGGAAGCUGAACGGACAGAUCGUCGCGAUGCAGCUGCAGCUGACCGACGCGGUCAGUGUGCUCAAGGGAAAACUGCAAGCCGAGACGGGAAUGCCACCGGCCAAGCAGAAGAUUUUCUAUGAGGGAAUGUUCUUCAAAGACAGCAACACCGUGGCGUACUAUAAUCUACUGAGCGGAGCGACUGUCCAUCUACAGCUCAAGGAACGUGGUGGUCGUAAGAAGUAAACGCAGGUAAGGUACCAUAAAUUUCCGCAAGAUUUAUUUCGUCUAAAGUAACAUUCAAUUAGCGGCAUUUCCUACUAUGAUGCAUAUAAAAAGAAUCAACAUAAUAUCUACAAAAAUAACAAUAAAUUCUACUGUUAGCGUAAUCGUGGUCGUUAUGCUCGACGCCAA